AUGAAACGUGUCAUUUUGCUAGCAAUUUGCGUCGGAUUUAUUGCGGUUGUGCGAGCUGGUGAUGAGGCGAAAGGAGAAGAAGAAUUGGAGAUACGAGAACCAGCUGAAGAGGAGGAGGAUCAUGAAGAGCUAGAACUGUCCGAAGAUGAUUUCCGGAAAAUCGAAGGGCUGCUGGGGCAGCUGGACGACUAUCUGGAGACGACCAACAAGAAGAUGGUCGUCGAGGAGAUUAAGGGCUUUAUGGGCAUGGGAUUCAUGGCUUCGGUCUUUGAGCAUGUGACAAAGAUCGUUCUUCCUUAUGUGCCGAACAUUGGAGCGUUAUUCAGUGGAUUUGAAGCAUCCCUCGAAGAAAACAAAUCCCCCGAAGAAAUCUUCAACACCUUGCUGGACGUGGUGAUCAAAAUUAUUAAUUUGAUCGCGCCGCUGUUGGGGCGCGCACCGUUAACGUGCGACGACAAAGAUGAGAUGGGCUCCUCCACCAGUUCGUUC